UUCUAUUCCUUAGUUUGGUAAGAGAGUCUGUAAUCUCAGUACUACUCUGGUUGUUUCCUCGAAAGAAAGCUCACCUAGCUACGUACCUAGUGCCUCGCCGAAACCCUGACCCAAUGGCGCGGUGCUCGCGCGCUUGGCUCACGCUGCUUCUUCUCGCAUGUUGUGCCCUCGUGCAGAGCUCCCACGGCUCGAGACCCCCUCCCCGGGAGCCGCAGAUGGCUGGGGUCCUAUCUCCGACGAUGGUUCACGGCGGCGCCGCUGAACCGCUCUACGACGACGGGGCGACGGAAGUCCCGGAGGAGAGUGCGACCGGUCAUCGUGGAGCAAACGAUGAUGAUGGUGGCGCGGUUGCAACUUCAGCGAUGGGUGGGGAUGGUGUUGUGUCGUCGGAGCAGAGGAAGGGUACAGGGGCGCCGGUGCUGCAGCAGGCACUGGGUUCGAAGCUGGCACGCCGGGUGCUGGGAGGGGAGGCGGAGGACUCGGCGGCCGGGCCGUCGUGCCGCUCCAACAACGCACACAUCACCUGUGCCCCGCCGGCGCAGCACUGACCGGGCCGGGUGCUUCUUGCACUAGUCCGGCAGCAGGAGCUAGCUAGUCCCAGCUGAUUCCUUCGUCCCUUGAUGCUUCC